AUGGAGAAUAAUUCCCUUGUGCCGUUCGGCUUCCGCUUCAAACCCACCCAUCAAGAGCUCGUGGGCCACUUUCUCUACAACGUUUUGGAGAACAUACCGCUAGUGCCGCCGCACAACACCCUUAUACAUGGGUGCAACAUCUUCGGCAACAAAUCAGAACCCUCAGAGAUUUGGGAAGCCUAUGGAGGAACUCAACUUGCUGAUGAUCAACCAGCCUUGUAUUUCUUCUCCGAGCUCAAGAGGCUAAACCCUAAGGGUACCAACAUCGAUCGCAAGAUGGGACGUGGAGGCACUUGGACUGGAAAAUCAGUCACCGUACGGGUUGAGGGGAUAGUUGAUGGAAGGCCUACCGAUAUCGGACAAAAAAGAACAUUUCGGUACGAGAACGAAGGUUCGGAGGACCACAAGAGGUGGCUGUUAGAUGAAUAUAGUCAUUUGGCUGGUCCUAGGAAUAACAAGAGUAAUUUUAGUUACGAUUUUAAUGUUGCACUUUGUCGGUUGAGGAAGAAGGAAGGGUCCAGAAUUAACAAAAGAAAGUGUUCGACUUCAUCAUUAUCAAAGGAUCAACUGCCGAAUUCGAAGAAGCAGCGCGGUACAAACAAAAAGAUGAAAAAAGAAGAUGAUCAAGUGGUGUCAAAAGGUUCAUCAUCACAAAAUACCAAUGUGAUUAAUCUUGCUGAGGAGGAGGCACCACACGGCAGUUCUUGUUUAAGUAGUGAGAUCGUGGUCGUGAGUGAGAUCAAUAAGUUUACAGAUGCGGAUGAUGUUGUUUAUGAUCAUGAUCUCCUUGAUGAAACACUCACCGUUGAUGAAUUAUUGCCUGUGCCAGAAGCUUCCAGGAUUGUUUCUGGUGAAGCAGUAGCAGAGCAAGCUUUGAAUCCACUUAUGUUAGAGGAGUUCACUCCUGAAACCCAAGAACCGCCUCUGCCAGCAGCUUCUGUAGUUGCUGCAGAAGGAGCCGUAGAACAGAAAGCUUGGGAUCCAAGUUUGUUAGACGAAUAUUGGCUUGCUGAGACCCAACAAGAGCUUUUUCCGACUACGACUGGGAUGUUUCCUUAUUUAGAGGAUGCUUGCAAUCCAAGUACCUUUGAGAACGUGGUCGACCAAUUAUUAUUCGACAUCAACCAUUGGAAUAAUUCGUUUAUGGAUGAUCAGUUCAUGCCACCAUAG